CAAACUGCCACCACCAGCUCCAGUCAUGGACAUCGACACGGUGGAUUUCGAGGAAUUCGAUCUCGACCAAUACACUCCCACGCCACAAGUCCAGCGUCCUUCCAAGUACAUCAAGCAGACGCUCCUCUACUCUCCCAUCUUCACCAAUGUGUUUCCUCAGUUCAAGGUCCGUAUCAAUAAGCCGUUCAGGGGCGUUGCCAGCACGUCGUUCAACGACGAGCUGUACCAGAACUUGGUAGCAACAGAGCAGGACUCACAGCUCGAUGCAUUCAGCGACGACGACAGCGACGACGAGUUGUUGCUCCAUCUCACAAGUGCCAGACAGGUACACGAGCCGUUGCUGGGUGCUGCCCAGCUCCGGGCCAUCAAGGUGAUAGUCAAGACCAAGUCAUUGUUAAUCAACGGCGUCGAGUUUCCUACGAGCUCUGAGAUCAGGUCCUCAUGCUUGAUCCGAGGUAUCCAGGACGAAACUGAACGAGCCAAGGACUCGCUCUUGCUCUCGUUGAAAACAGGCUUUCUCCUCUUGGUCAGGAUGUACUAUGUCCCCAGACAUUACCGAGACUCGGACUACAAAUACCAGACACUAUCGCAUAUUCCCCAGACUGGAGACUCCAUCUACAAGCCGUUUAUAGUCCAGUGGUGGAACACCAAUCAGAAACGCAGUCUUCCCACCUUAAAGACCUCGGGAUACCAUCUCCUCUCGCAUCGAUCCGGUCUUUCUGUGAUCUCCACGUCUGCCAGUGACACCUUUCGCAUCUACAACACCCAAUUGACCAGCAACGGUAUCAUGUUCAAGAAACACGUGAAUGUGGACUGUGACGGGUUGAUCCUCCAUUCGUGCUUUGCGGAACCAUUCAACAAUGCAAAGCUGAACCACCAUAACUUCUUCUUGACCUUCGUUUUCACCGAGUUCAGAAGACUUGUCAUAAACCUAUUCUCUUGGUCAAACAUGGAGGGCUUGGGCCAGAGUUUUUCAAAGUCAACCUUGCCUUUAGAUAAUACCUUCGUCAUACCAAUAUUCAUAGUCUCGCUAAGUGAUGGCAGAGGUUUCCUAUUUGUCACCGAGGAUGAGUUGAUAAUUAUUACUAUCCACGAUAUCAUGUCAGCCGAGUACAACUUCAGAAGAUUCAAAUCCCCCUGGAAAGGGAUCUCAUUCCCUACCUGCUCAUAUAGGCCCGAAAAGAGCUUGAAGGGUGAACACGCAAUAGAAGAAGAUUCUGAACUUUUGAUUGCUACAGAUAAUGGAACUGUGUACUCGGUUGAGUUCAGCAACAGCUCUGCCAAAAUAUACCCUAUCGCAAAAGUGAAUGACUGCAUAUCCGUUUUCUCUCUUGAAAGAGUUCCAAAUGGGUUCAAUUUGAUUUAUGGAAGCGAUACGGGUUCGAACAAAGACUUACUACUCCCUGAAUUGAUAUCACCUGGUUCUGUAACUGACCAUUCAAAGAUUCAUUACACAAAGGGUAAACUCAUCAAAGACUACAAAAAAUGGGCACCUCUUUUAGAUGUUCUGAUUGUAGAUUCGUGGAACAGCAGACUUUCAGACAAUCAAUCUAAUCAAGAGCUCUGGGGUAUUAGUGGAAUUGGCAAGAAAACCAAACUUAAUCAUUUCAGAUACGGUUAUCCAGCGCAAAGAAAGAGUAAUUCCUAUAAUAAACUCAGAAAGGCUGAAAGAAUUCAGUUUGUCGAGUUUGAGGAAAAGACAUAUCUCUUUUGCUCUUUUACUUUUGAGACAAUUUUGCUUGAAUAUCAACCAAACUCUCCUGAAGCCUUUAUUGAAAUUGAAUCCAAUGAAGCAUUUAUUAAUAAUGGUAAAACUUUUCAUGUGUCUAAUUUCAAACUAGGUGAAGAGGAGGUAGUUUUCCAAGUUUCUUCAAGCGGUAUUUUAUUAACAGAUCUUGCAAACUUCCAAAUUUCACAUGUUCUUGAGAAUAAAAGUAUCAUUGGUUGCGACAUUCAAGGAUCUACUCUAGUCAUCAUGACAGAGAGUGAAAGUUCUGGAGUUGUUGUUGAACUAUUCGAUUUGAAUUUUGAUCUCAAUAGAAACUCUUCUUUUGAAGACUUUCUUACGUUAAGGAAAGUUGUUGAGGUUGAAGAGCCCAGCAUCACCAAGUUAAUUCGAUUUGAGGGAGAAUCGCAGGGCAAUUCUGUUACUGGGCCCAACUAUCUUCUUAUUUCAACUUACCACGGAACCAUUAACAUAUUUCAGCUUGAUAAAAAUGUAACCUUGGUGAACCUCAUUGAUUUGAAAAAGUUAAAUCCAUACAACAAAAAUGGUCAACACUAUGACGAAUUACUCAUCCCGGGUGAUCUUCAUUAUGCUGGGGGCAAGCUCUAUGUGGGGACUUUGGACGGUUAUUUCAUAAAUUUUGAAGUAGUCCCAAGAACAGCAUCGGUGGUUGAGUGUGUGAAAUUUCUCAGAUUGAGUGAGACUCCAAUAAAGCUUAAAGCUGUACAACAAGAUCCAAACCUUCUCUUCAUUCAUUCAAAGAGUCUAUGGCUCUUGAAUUUGUACGAAUCCAAGUUUCCCCGGAAAGUAUACUUUGAUGAAACUUACGAAAGAUCUAUCAUUUCCAUGUCUCAAAUUCCUACAACCAGUGCCGUUGAUAACAGUAUUCUGGACCUACAAUUUGCAUUCGUUAGAGACGAUGGGUUGAUGAUAGGUAACAUAUCUACUUUUAAGGAAGCCAAUGUGAGACAACUUACUGUGGAAAACGCAAAAAAGGUGCACUAUCUCCCAUAUUUGUCAAUUUUCAUAGUAUUGUGCAAGUCUAAGUAUCAAGAAAAGAGGUUGAAGUUUGUGGACAGAAAGUUGUUCAAGGAGUGCCCAAGCGAAGGUGGUAGCUUCAGGUCCUCUGUCUUUGUUCCACAAAUCUUCGAAACCUAUGAAUACCCUUUGACUGCAUGCAUAUGGUCUAUUCAAAGGAACAACAGAGUUUCUAAAAAAUUGUUAAUUGGUACGAGCUUGGUUGAUGGUAAUGGAUUCUUUAAGGUGCUAGACAUAAGUAAAGUACGAAACAAUGCCUCCAUUAAAGUUACUGAACUAACCACUUUCGAGCAUCCCGAGCCUAUAACGAACAUUGUCCAGGUGGGUUCAGAUAUUGUUUUUACAAGUGGAAACUCUAUUCAUUGUACAAGCUAUGAUGUGGAUGAAAAGAGACUUAAACUGGUCCUGACGUUGGUGACCUUACCCAGCGAAAUUACAAACUUGACCACAAAUGACAAGAAUGAUAGACUUAUGGUAACAACCAAACUUGAUUCCAUCUAUCAUUUCGAUUACAAGUCUCAAGAUGACUCUUCAUCUUCUCCUAUCAUCAAUUUCUCCAACAGCGAUCCUUUACCAAAUAGUUUCGUGAAUCAGGCACAGUUAAAUAAUAAAAUCAUUGCUGGUGAUAAGUUGCAUUCUUCCAUUUGCAUUAUUGAUAACGAAAACCUUAGUAAGACAACGAGGAAAACCUAUAGAAUGUCCAAUAUUCCAAGGGUUUAUGCCUCUAAAUUUCAGAGUUGUUGGAUUCAGGAUGAAACUGAUUCUAUACGUAAAGGUGUUAAUGAUGCUGAAAGGGCAACAUCAAUGGCGAGUGGAAUGGUUUUAUGUGUGGGGGUGAAUGGAGAGGUCACUUCUAUCAGGGACGUAGAAGAAGACUCUGAAGAGCUUACUCAGCUCACAGAUGACAUAAAUGUAACGAAUACGUUCAGGCAUCUGGUGGAAGACGAAAUAGAAAAAUUGGAAAGGCCCUUCGUCAAUAAAGUAAGUGGGACUGGUUUGUUGUCCAUUAACAAACCAAGCUUUGAUUUCAAGGACAACAAAGGUGUGUUGAUAGAUUAUGACUUAGAAGAACUCUCGAGAAUAAGCGAGGUGAAUGUUGGAUUAUGA